AUUAUUAUCAUUAUGAUUACUGUUAUAUUUUCUUCAUCCAUUCCAGAAAUGAUAUCCGCAAUCAUCAUUUUUAGUACUGUCCGUCUGGUUCGAACACCAAAUAAAAAUUUCGGGCUUUACAUUCGCAACGGGAUCAGUGAACAUCACACGGUCAAUGGGUACGAAAGCGUUCCAGCCUUUUUCGUAUCCCGUCUCGAUCGGGAUGGAAUUGCCUACGGUACUGGUUUGCUGGCCGAGGAUGAUGAAAUUAUCGAAGUGAAUGGAAUCGAGGUGUACGGGAAAACCAUGGAUCAAGUCACGGAUAUGAUGGUGGCUAACAGCUCCAAUCUGAUUAUUACGGUACGUCCGGCUGAUCAGACCAAUUGUCUGCCACCGACAAAUCAAUCCCGGAAUCGUCAUGCAGAUCGAACCCAUCUCCGCCCCGGUGGUACAACUACCCUGCCGCCUCCGGUUACCGAUCAACGAACCCCGUCCUUGCUUCAUUUGGCCAACGGGCAGAGUAGUACCCUGAUGCCAAACGACCCAUACGGUUCCUCGGGUCAUCGAGCAAUGCACAAAGAACCUCCAGGCCGGAUAGCAACCGUUUCCCAUGCCGGCACUGGGAUAUUGGUGGACGAUUAUGAUAACGAGGAGACAGAUGAAGAUAUCAAUGCUGGCCUAAUUACGCUCUAG